AUAAGACUUAUCAAUGAGACACUUUCCUAACAAUAAUUAUACUUAUCUACAAAAGUCAGUGUCGCGAGUUUAUUCAUGAGGUUAUAAUAUGAAUGUGUUUCUUUUUGUAAUCACUUUACGUUGUUAUCCCAACGACUAAGACAUUCUAUGAGUGGUGUGUUUGUUCAGCUGUAGUGCAGCCCAUGUAGAACAGUCCGUGUCGAAUUACGCAAUUGGUUCUUUACUCCCCCGAACAAAUUGUUCCCUUGCUAGUACUGGUACAAUCGGUAUAGCAACUUCUUGUUUAACUGUUCAGUCAUUAUCUAAUAAUACGUGUUCAAAUGUAACGAUUUAGUGGUGCGCUGCGCAUGGUAUAAUAACACUUAGCGAAAAAUGGACCGUGCAAAUUGUGCAUUUGUCUCUAAUAAGUUUGAAUGACUUUGUAUCACGGGAAAUAAUGAGUUCAAUAUCGUGUACUAUGAAGUUGUAUAUAGUUGUAGUGUUGUGUAUACUUAUUUAUAUUCCUGUGAAUGAAGCGCAGUGCAGCAGAGGCCAGUCCGUCACCUUCGUGCGAUGGUCAGGGUUGACCCCUGACAAGGCUGCACCAGUGUUCGUGUACACAGCUAGCGGCGAUGAGGACUCCUUGAUAGGGUCUUGCUUGGCAAGGUGCCGAGAACUCGAAGAAUGCGCUGCUUUGGUGGUGUCACAUUCUACCGGCAACUGCCAUGGUGUAGCGCUUACGACCGACUUGCAACUGAGAGCGGACAACGACGCAUCUUAUUUUAAGAAAAUUUGCAUAAUACUACCAGAAGAAUGCAGAAACCGGUGGUGGGCCCUGGAAGCCACACCUGGAUACAACUUACAUGCAGAAGGAUCCAACAUAAAAAUUGCUCACAACACUACACUCAAUGAAUGUUACGACUCAGUACUUUCCAACCGAGAAAAUUUAUAUCGAUCCGCCCAGUGGAUUGGUCCGGAGAUUCUUCUCAAUAAUGAUCUGAUGGAAACAUCUUCUGUGGACAUCGGCAACUGUAUCCUGAACGUAGCAGACAAAUUCUCAGAGCCAGAAUCCUACCGUGUAACCAACUAUUACACAGUAUACGUUGAAAACCAAUGUAGACAUGACUAUCCACAGAAGAUAGACAGAUGUUCAUACGAAGAAUACAAUAACCAGACGUUAAAACAUGUGGAUUUUACCAUGAAAAACUAUACGAAAGAUGAAUGUAAAACAGGCUGUGAAGUGGAACAGCGAUUCGUGUGUAGAGGCUUCACUUGGAUUGAAGGCGACCGAGCGCACGGCAGGGGACUGUGCGACUUGCAUAGUGAGGACUUGGUUACUACCGGCUCCUGGCUCCUGCGUAGGAACUCUGCUGCCACAUACUACAGGAGAGUCAUUUGCCUCAAUAUUACUGUGGAAUGUGAAGGUUCCGAAUUGAUUGUAACGUAUCGUCCGCGCAGUCAGUUCCGCGGCAGGCUGUACGUGCCAGGUCGUGGCGAGCAUUGUAGCGCGCGCGCCUCAGGUGGACCAGUGCGACUUUCAUUGCCUCUUUAUGGAGAUUGCGAUGUAAAUUUCGCAUACGCUAUAACAAAUACUCCCAGCGGUGUGACUAACAGAACAAUGGCUUACGUGAUGGUCAUGAUACAAAACAACCCGAUAAUCCAGACAGCGGGUGACCGCUGGGUACGCGUGGGGUGUUCGCCAGCAGCCGGCGGCGGCGCGCAGGCAGUCGACACCACAGUUGCCGUCCGUGAAACCGGAAAACCAUCGUUUCCGAGUGAAUCGGCGAAUGUUGGCCCGGGUGGAGCUAGUGCUGUGUACAGCACGAACAGUGCUCCCCUCACCAUGUACGUUGUGCGAGCACAGGACGACACUGCUGCCAGCACUGGCGCCGUCUCCCUAGGAGAACCCCUCGAGUUGAGAAUAGAGACAACAGAUGCAGCAGAGAUCGAGGCUUACCAUCUAGUAGCGUCGUCAAGGCUCGGUGACAGUUCUGUGCUGUUGCUGGAUAGCAGAGGGUGCCCUACCGGACAGGUUGACUUUCCAUCGUUCACCAGAACCUGGCUAAGUGGAACGCAGCGUCUUUCGGCUAAUUUUAAGGCAUUUAGAUUUCCGACAUCGCAUGUGGUGCGGUUCGCUCUUAUGGUGCGAUUCUGCGAUAAGAAAUGUGCAAUCACUAACUGCGGCACUGCGAGUCGAACAGCUCGGGAAGCUAAUGAAACAAACGAGGUGUAUGAAGUUAUGGCAGCGGUAAGGGAGUCAGGGUGGGCAGGCGGGAGGAACGGCGUAGUGGCACAGGGUGGCGCAGCCGGAUGCGGAUCCUCCAAUGAUGGUCACGUGCCUUUAGAGCUGGAGAUGGUUGUUGGUGCUAGGGACAUCCUGUCUGCUGACACGUUGGUUCGAGCUGAUCAUCGCGCUGCAGCACCCGAAGUGAGUCCGACGAGCGACGGAGCAAUGGUGUGCGUGCACGAGCUACUACUGGUGGCAUUGGCGCUGGCCUGGCUCGCCGUCCAGGUUUUACUGCUGCUAGGAUGCUGUGUGCUUGUUAAAAGAUAUCGUAACUUGGCCGAGAUGAGUAUGCAAAAGGAGUACCAAUCGUUCGACAACGUGGGUUUCGACACGGUCUCCACGCACCGCCGUGUACACUGGCCAGAUCAAAACAUCGAUAUAUUACAUACUACUUAAUUGUUUUAUAACAAUAUAUAAAAAAACUUUACUAUAAUACCCAACCUCUCAUACUACAUGACGGCCUCGAAGCUCUAUCGGUGUAGCACACCGCCUUACUUCCAGAGGUCGCGGUUUCAAUUCCUCAUACGGUACAUACAUUUGUAUUCAAGAGUACGGAUUGUUUGUAUCGCUAUUAUAUAUUUAUAUAAAAAAAUAUCUAUGUAAUUAUAUAAGUUCUCUAGUACCCAUGACACAAGUUCUCAUGAACUAGAUGGUGCUAUGUGAAUUGUCCAAAAAUAUUAUUAAUAAAAAAAAUGAGAAGAUGCUUUACAUAAACACAA